UUCAAUGAAACGGGGCAGUACGUCGAAAAAUACUACGUUUCAUGCGUGAAAAUGUCCUCGGAGGCUUCUUUGAGCGAUAUGCCAAAUGUCGUGUCGAGACUGCAUAAUUUACGCUUAGGUCACGAGGACAACGAUGAACCUCAACAAAAUGUGAAUCUUGCCGUAUCUGGAGAUUCGUGUUUAGAACCUGUACGAAAUACCCAACCCAUUGGCAAUGUUACCCUUUCACGUGCUAGGCGAGCGUUUAAUUUCAUUUAUGUAGAUGAUCAACCAACUUCUUCAACAGCCAGAAGUGGAGAAGCUUCUUCUUCGAAUGGGGACAAGCCUCCAACAAAUGCAGCAAAUACAUUGCAUUUGGAGGGAAGACCUUCGAAUAAUGUUACUUUGGAAGGCACAUCUACAAGUAGUCAAACAACAGUAGCACAUAAUUGGCAGGGUACAAAGGCAACAAUGCGUGAAAGAAUUGUUUUUCUCUUCAAUAAUGAAAUAUUGUCAGAUGUGAGCUUCAUAGUAGGAAGAGGAGCACAGAAGCAGCGUAUACCAGCUCAUAAACUAGUCUUAUCCUCUGGAAGUGCCGUUUUUGAUGCAAUGUUUAAUGGAACACUUGCAACAGCUUCUUCAGAAAUAGAAGUACCUGAUGUAGAACCUGCUGCUUUUUUGGCAGUGCUUCUUUUUUUAUAUACAGAUGAAAUACAGAUAGAUCCUGAAACUGUGAUGACAACAUUGUAUACAGCUAAGAAGUAUGCAGUCUCUGCUUUAGAGAAGCACUGUGUGGAUUAUUUGAAGAAUAAUUUAACCAGUGAUAAUGCUUUUUUGCUUUUAACACAAGCUCGUCUUUUUGAUGAGCCUCAGCUGGCUGCAGUGUGUUUAGAUACUAUUGAUAGAUUUACUACAGAAGCAUUGAAUGCUGAUGGAUUUACAGAUAUUGAUAUUGAUACACUAAAAAUUGUUUUGGAAAGAGAUACCCUUCGUGUUACAGAAUCUAAAAUAUUCCAAGCAGUCCUAAGAUGGUCAGGGGCAGAAUGUAUAAGGCGUCAAUUACCCGUUACUCCCGAAAAUCAACGAUUAGUUUUGGGUAGUACUUUUUCAUUGGUUCGUUUUCCUUUGAUGUCGAAAGAAGAAUUUACUGCUGGUCCAGCACAAUCUGGACUUCUGAAUUAUUCAGAGGUUCUUUCUCUAUUUUCGUAUUUUAUAUUAAAUCCAAAACCAGUGGUAGGAUUUCAAACAAUGCCACGAUCUUGCAUGACCGGUAAAGAACAAACUGUAUGCAGAUUUCAACAUACCAAAAGUAUAUGGGGAUAUAACGGCACAAGCGAUCGUAUAAGAUUUAGCGUUGACCGACGUAUAUUUCUUAUUGGCUAUGGAGUAUAUGGCAGUAUGCAUGGCCCAGCAAUUUACGAAGUAUUGAUAGAGUUAAUACACAGUGCUUCUGGAAAAGUGAUUGCUACAAAUUCAACAAGCUUUAGCUGUGAUGGUUCAAAGUACACUUAUCGCUUAAUGUUCAAAGAAUUAGCCGAAAUAUUACCAAAUACAAUUUACACUGCAUCAGCAACAUUUAAAGGUCCUUAUUCUCAUUACGGAACUAAAGGUUUAAAAACAGUAAUGGUGGAUAGUGAUUCAGGAAAUGGAAAAGUUAAAUUUGAAUUUAGUAUCGAAGUUGGAGAUAAUAAUGGAACAUCUACUGAUGAAGGACAAAUUCCUGAGCUUAUAUUUUACACUUAAUAACUCAUGUACAUAAU